AACAAAGCCAUCUAAUCUAUAUAAAUACUAUUCUAAAAAUUAAUGUGAUGGUGUAGUGGAAUGUCAAUAAAUUCAUUCGUGUUGUUACCUGUUAUCAUUAUAAUGGACUGGUCGUGAAAUCAAGUCUGAACAGUAAAUUAAAGCAUUAGUUAUGGCAGCAGCUUUGACCGCAAGAUCUCGAUGUGCAUUUUGGGAUAAGUGCUAUCGUAAAAAUAAAGCUCAUUUAAAAGAAUAUAUUCACCCUGGAGAUAGUGAUGAAGAGGAAAUGGACACGACAACCAGUAAAACUAAAACAGAUGUUAAAGAUGAUGACACUGAAAUGAAAGAUGUAUCUAAACCUAGUACUAGUGAUAAUUCUACCAAAAGAAAAGCUCAUGACAUCAGUGAUGAUGAGGAUGAUGAAGUGAUGGGAAGUUCAAAGACAAAGAAAGUAAAAACGACAAAUGAAAAACCAACAGUUUCGACAUCUUCUGCAGCUGAGACACCCCCAGUGUUGAAAUUUGUCAGUCAAAAAGGGAAAUGUAAAUAUUGGAAUAAAUGUUAUAGAAAAGAAAAACAACAUAGAUUAGAAUUUUUACAUCCAGGUGAUGAUAUACCUGACGAAAAAAUGGAUAAAGAUGAAGCAGAGCACAAGACUCGUGGUAAAAGUAAAGAACUAAUCAAUGCUUUAAUGGAUGAUCAAACAGUUGAAUUUGAUUCUGGAUAUAAAUUAACCAGAAAGGGAGAUAACUACACUUGCACAUGUAACACAUGGAAGGGUUUAUCUGAACCAAUUGCUGAAAGGACAUGUAAACAUCUUAAAGAAUAUCUUGGUGAAGAAUUUGAAAAUAACCGAGUAGCCGAUGCUAAGCCAAAGAAAAAAAUCAUAAAACAACAUAUUAAUGUCAGCUUACUAUUAGCACAUAAAUAUGAUGAAAAAGUUAAUGAUCCAAUUGGUUGGUGGAUGAGUGAGAAAUUAGAUGGUGUCCGAGCUUUCUGGAAUGGAAGGUGUUUUUAUUCUCGAUUAGGAAACUGUUUUAUAGCUCCACAAUGGUUUACAAAGGAUUUACCAACUGAUAUGCAUCUUGAUGGUGAAUUAUUUGGUGGGAGAGGAAAAUUUCAGUCAACCGUGAAAAUUGUUAAAAAUCAGGAAUGUGAUGACUGGAAGAAAGUGAAAUACCAUGUUUUUGAUGCUCCAAACCUGGAGAAAGAACCGUUCGAAAAACGAUAUGAAGCCAUUAAAGAAUAUUUUGAUUCUAAUGAUCUCAAGUACGCUGUACUGUGUGAACAAACAAAAUGUAAAGGUAAAGAUCAUAUAAAAGAAGAAAUGAAGAGAAUUUUAGCUUUAAGUGGUGAAGGUUUAAUGAUCAGACAACCCAAGUCGAAAUAUGACAGAUCAAGAUCCAAAACACUUUUAAAGAUUAAAAAAUUCCAUGAUGCUGAGGCUAGAGUUGUAGGUUAUAAGCCUGGUACUGGACGAUUUCAUAAUGCUACAGGUGCCUUAUUGGUAGAAAUGGCCAAUGGAAAACAGUUUUAUGUUGGCUCUGGGUUAACUGAUGCAGAUCGAAGAAAACCACCUAAAAAAGGAACAAUAAUAACAUAUAAAUUUCAGGAAUAUACAAACUCUGGUACUCCUCGAUUUCCGUCUUAUAUAGGUAUCAGAAUUGAUAUGACAGAACCAAAAGAUGUGAUUCUUCCCCCUAAACCAACAGACUAAAUACUAAAUACCAUUAUUCAACUUUUAUUCAGGUUAACUCUUUGCAAUGUCCCUCCAUCAUUUGUUAGCUCAUCGGAAAUAUGCAGUCAUUCAUUUUGUAUGCAAAUUAUAUUGCCUUGUUAAGAAUUUAAUAUGACAGACUUUUUAAAUUUUAUUUCUUUUUAUAGAAACUAUGUUGAUCAUAAUUUAAUUGUAUUAUAAUAGAAUUGUUGAGAUGUGAAAUGCCAAAUCAUUUAUUAGUGUAAUUCAUUGUGGAUUUUGUACAUUUAUUGUGCUGUGAGUAUUAUAUUUGUACUAGACUAUAUUUAUUAUUGUCCUUUAUAUUGUGAGAUAUAUUAGAUAUAUUGUUAUAGUUUAAAUAUAUUGUGAUAUAUUUUAGAUAUAUUAUUAUGGUGGCUGAAAGCGUCCAUUUAGAUUGGCUGGUUUCUAGAUACAACGCAAGAGUCGCCGUUAAGCCAGUACGACGAAAAAGUCGCCGAAAAAAAUCGGCGCCUUUUUCGGCGACUUGCUUAACGGCGACUCUCGCCUCGGAAGUUUAUAGUUAGUUACAUGCGCAAUGGCUACAUUUUACGCACACAGAUCACCAAAUAGGGCGAAAGUUAUUUUUAGUCUUUCUCUCCCUUCCCCUUUCCCCCUUUUGCAUGGCGAUUUUUGGUGUAGAAUCGAAGAAAGGGGUUUGAUAAUACAUUUUCUGCCAGGUUUUGGUGAAUAUUCAUGAUUUUGAGAGGUCGGUUAGGUUGAAAUGUAGGGCCGAAAAUUGCAUGUUUACUUGUCCCUACUUCCAGCUUGUGUAUUUCAAGUUUUUCAUGGUAAACCUCAUACAUGCUUUUGUGCAAGAGUUUGCCACAUGUUGCUCCAUCUGUGGCAGAAAGUAGGCUAGCCUACAAGUCCUAACUCAUCCAAAAGCUCCUCCAUUUAUAUACAAGAAGUAAAAUGUAGCCAUUGCGCAUGUAACUAACUAUAAACUUCUGAGGCGAGAGUCGCCGUUAAGUAAGUCGCCGAAAAAGGCGCCAAUUUUUUCGGCGACUUUUUCGGCGCGUGGCUUAAUGGCGACUCUUGCGUUGUAUCUAGAAACACGCCGAUUUAAAUGGACGCUUUCAGCCACCAUAUAUUAUUGUAUAACACAUGCAUAUAUUAAAUAUGAUUUAUUGCACAUAAAUAGAAAUUUGAUUUAGAAUAGUAUACCAAAGAUUGAAUAAAAUUUAGUUUUUAGAUAUAAUAUUGUUUAUACAUUCAUAAUAUAAAAUGUAUAUGAUUUAUUGCACAUUUUUAAAGAUAUGAUUCAAGAGAAAUAUGAUAGAAUUGAAACCAAACCAAGAAUUGAAUAAAAUAAUAUGAUUUUUUUUUGUAAAUUCUCUGGAAACGUGCAUGUAUAUUAAUAUGUCAUCUUCGAUUGGCAUUUAGUAAUUGAACAUAUUAACACAAGGUACAAUUACUGAGCAAGCAAUGUUUCCACGAGGAUACUUUGGUCUUUAUCAAGCAAAUGAUGUAUCCAUAAAAUUGUACCUUGUGUUAUAUUAAUAUGGAUAAACACAAUUUAAAAUUGAAAUGUUUUUAUAUAGAAAAUAAAGUUACUGAUCAUAGUUUGCAUUUUUAAGACAAUAUCUAAUCUUUCAUUGCUUAAUCUACACUAAAAUAUAUAUGUACCUUGAAGUCAUAUUAAUAAAUGUAAUUAUCUAGGAUAGAAGAAAGACUCAUAUUGAUUGCAAUGCGUAAUAUGACUUGUAUCAUUAUUUAACACCUUUUUUUUAAUAACAUUAGUAAUAGUAUAAUUUAUACUAGGCCAAACAAAUUUAAUUUUCAGGGUCUUGAUAAAUAACCACUUGAAUCACCUGGGGUUUUUUUUGGGGGG